GAAACGCAGCUAUCUCAAGAUAUUGCUGGACUUAAAAGGGAACUUACUGCUGCAGCCUUCGCUAACCGUUCUCAGGGAUCCGUUGGCGUUGACCCUGAUGUUCUUAUGGUUAGGGACCAGACAAGAGAUGCAUUGUUACAGCGCCUUUCUGCUGUUGUUGAAGCCAGAGAUAAAGAUCUUGUUGAAAUGUCUCGCCUUCUCAUUGUCGAGGGAAAGUUUCGCGCUGGUGGUAAUAACUUUAAUCUUGAAGAAGCUCGUGCAAGUCUUGAGGCAAGUUUCGCGAACGAGGCUGAAAUUGUUUUUACAACUGUAUCAAGCAGUGGUCGUAAACUGUUUUCUCGUCUUACGCAUGGCUUCGAUAUGGUGGUCAUCGAUGAGGCUGCCCAAGCUAGUGAGGUUGGAGUUCUUCCUCCCCUUGCUCUUGGUGCUGCACGAUGUGUACUUGUGGGUGAUCCUCAACAGCUUCCUGCUACAGUUAUUAGCAAAGCCGCUGGAACCCUUUUAUACAGUAGAAGUCUCUUUGAAAGGUUUCAGUUAGCAGGUUGUCCAACUUUGUUGUUAACAGUUCAAUAUAGGAUGCAUCCUCAAAUACGUGAUUUCCCUUCAAGAUAUUUCUACCAAGGACGCCUCACAGACAGUGAAAGUGUUUCCGCUGCUCCUGACGAGAUUUAUUACAAAGAUUCUGUCCUUAAGCCUUACCUUUUCUUUGAUAUCAGUCAUGGGCGGGAAUCCCAUAGAGGUGGAUCAGUAUCUUAUGAGAACAUUGAUGAAGCUCGCUUUUGUGUU